AUGCGCGCUAACACCACACAGAAGGCCUACGAUGAGGCCUUUCUGGCUUGCUCGACGGCCGUCUACUUUGAGAGUCAGCAAAACGAGAAAGAAGCCCUGCGCUCAUGGAAGACUGCGCUCGACCACAUCUACCACCACAACGCCCGUCGCAACCCCACAACCUACCGCCCAUCGUCCGAGACUGAGAAAGCCCUGGUGGAGUCCUUACGGCAGCUGGAACUGCAAUGCAAGGAGCGGGUCGAUCUGCUCGAGGCACUGAAGAAGAGCAGGGAAGAGUCGAAGGAGAGCCUUUCCAGCACAGACGCCCAAGCCCCCACUCCACCUCCCCAUGGCGUACCCUUGGGCCCGGCUGACACGGGUAGCUCGUCAGAAUGGCUUGGAGGAGGUUCAAUACCGCCUGUCGUCCAGAGCGACCUCGCGAGACCACCGCCACUGCCCACUCGCCCCUUGGUGGCAUCACGCAAGAGCUCUGGCAAUACAUCGAAGCGCAUCAACAGCCUGACGCAGACAAUGAGCAACUCCACAUUGACCUCCGGACCGCCAGAAGAGAAGAAGUCGCGGACACCAUCGCCAGAAAAGAAGGGUGGCAGGAUGCUCCGGACACUGAGACCGAACAAAGAGGGCAAGCCAGCGUCGAAGAUGCCCAUGUCAAUGAGAUCACGUCCUGAUGCUUCCAAAGCUGCAACUCUGGCUUUUGGAUCAAGGACUGCUGCACCGAGCUCAAGCAGGCCGAGCUUGAGUGUGCCCAAAGCAGCGACUCCUCCGGUCAUUGUUUCUCCCCGGACAUCAAUGGAGAUGCCUGCCGCGACACCACAACCGGAGACACCACUUGUACAGCCCUCAUUACAAGAUUCACUCAAGUCAGCGCCGUUCUACUUUCAGACUCGCGAAGGGCCGGCACCUACUAACUAUGCUGUGCCAGCACUGAGGAAUAGCAGCGAUAGCGAGAAGCCCAAGCCUCCUCCAAUUCCAAGAAAAGUCGCACCUCCACCGCCACCAGUACCUUCGAAGCCAGCCGAGCUGGGUAGAACCCAAUCGUCACAGGCAAACACAGCCUUGCCUCCGUUGCCAGCAUUCCCAUCGUACCGAAAGGAGUAUCCUCCAGCUCAGCUAGACCCUCGACUACUCGCAGCAUCAGCGGCGGCGCGAUCGUACAGUGACUUGGGCCCUACCAAAUACGGGAACAAGGACGUCGAUACCACGCGCAGACCGUCAGCCGCACCUUCAACGCCCAGCAACAUCAGUCGAACGCGAAACGUACGAAGAGAGCCCUCACCGGAACCAAUUCCACUCGCAGAGGAUGGCUUCGACGAGCAACCCCAACGACCACCACAUCGAAAGACGAGGAAACGAGGAGAUUCGAUGCGUGCGGAUCUACCCCCUAACCCGACAGCCGAGUUCGGUGAGGGUGGCGAGACAAAUGAAGAGCCUGACGAGUGGAGGGGGAAGACAGAAGAAAUAUUGAAGAAUCUCCCUCGAGGCGUGGACAAGCAAUCAGCACAGAAUAUCUUGAACGAGAUCGUCAUACAAGGAGAUGAGGUUCAUUGGGACGAUGUUGCAGGGUUGGAGAUCGCCAAGUCUGCGCUGAAAGAGACGGUCGUGUACCCAUUCCUGAGGCCGGACUUGUUCAUGGGGUUGCGAGAGCCUGCUCGAGGUAUGCUACUCUUCGGGCCACCAGGUACGGGGAAGACAAUGCUGGCGAGGGCUGUAGCUACAGAGUCGAGGUCGACUUUCUUCGCCAUCUCUGCGAGCAGCUUGACGUCCAAGUUCCUUGGUGAGUCCGAGAAGCUUGUCCGUGCUCUGUUCUCUCUGGCAAAAUUACUCGCUCCAUCUAUCAUCUUCGUUGACGAAAUCGACUCCCUGCUGUCUUCGAGAGGAGGUUCCUCCGAGCAUGAAGCUACACGACGCAUCAAAACCGAGUUCCUGAUUCAGUGGUCGGACUUGCAGAAGGCAGCUGCUGGCAGAGAAACUAGCGACAAAGACAGAGAGAAAGGUGAUGCAACGCGUGUGCUUGUGCUCGCCGCGACGAACCUGCCCUGGGCUAUCGAUGAAGCAGCAAGGCGGAGAUUCGUCAGGCGACAGUACAUUCCUUUGCCGGAGGAUUUCGUUAGGAAGCAGCAGGUGAAGACAUUGCUGAGCCACCAGAAACAUGACCUGAGCGAGCAGGACCUGGACCGCUUGGUUGCGCUCACAGAUGGUUUCUCCGGCUCUGACAUCACCGCGCUCGCCAAAGACGCUGCAAUGGGCCCUUUGCGCUCGCUGGGCGAGAGCCUGCUCACAAUGACAAUGGAUGAGAUCCGCCCGAUGCGAUUCGAAGAUUUCAAGGCGAGUUUGCGCACAAUCAGACCGUCUGUCAGCAAGCAGGGGCUGAAGGAGUUCGAAGACUGGGCAAGGGAGUUCGGGGAACGAGGAGGGUAA